AUGAAUCUCGUUAGCGCAGCCACCAAUAAUCAGAUCUUUCUACCGCAAGUCAAUCAGACGAAAGAAGGGUUUUAUUCAUACGAUACUGUAGCGGGCCGCUGGAAAUCUGUAGAGCUGCCCCCAGGAAAACGCUGCAGGAGAUUUUGCUGCGCCGAAAUGAAUGAAUUCGUCUACCUUUGUGGCGGGCUUAUAAAUUUCACCGGAGAAGCUUCUAGAAGCGCUCUUCGUUACGACAGCCGAAACAAUCGAUGGGAAAAGCUUCCGGACAUGAUCAUGCCAAGAAUUGAUUGUGCAGGUGUGAGAAUGAAUGAUAAAUUCUACGCUAUAGGUGGAUAUUGCCAUUCCCCUCGUGGUUUUCCCCAGAUUCAUGUUUCGGCAGAAAGAUUCGAUCCAGCGACCGGUAAGUGGACGCUGUUGCCGAAUUUCUGCACAAGAGGGUUAAGAUAUGCGGAGGAUUCGGCCAUCACAGAAUCUGAUUUUGCUGUUGUGGAGAAUAAGAGGCUAUUUGCGGUGCAACCUCAGUCGAACGAGGUGAUGGAGUUGGAUGGUGUCAAGGAGGAAUGGAGGCAUUUGGGAUACAUUGGAGGCGUUUGUGAGAUGCGUGAUUGUGGGACUAAUUAUAAAAUCCUGGGCGUUGGAAGUGAGGUGUGGGCGAUCCAGUACAGGGUGGGGAAAUCAAUAAAGAUUUAUACGUGCAAGCCUGGAGAAUUAGAGGGUUUAAUAUGGAGGCAAAUCGAUGUGGGAGGAUUGGAGAGAUUCGAUCAUGUUUUAACAGGCACAACAUUAGAAGUAUAG